AUGUGCAUGACACCUGAGUAUUUCGUUCACCCAAAGGCAGAGGUUCAUGAUGACUGCUCAAUUGGUGCGGGCACAAAGAUCUGGCAGUUCGCAUCGGUUAUCCGUGGCGCGCGCAUCGGCAAGGAUUGCAACAUUGCUUCUGGGGCUUGCAUUGAUGGCUCUGUUAUUGGCGAUAGGACUGUCAUUGCUCAUAAUCUUGCGAUGGGCCCAGGUUUCAAAGUCGGCAAUGACUGCUUUAUUGCGCCGAAUGUCACCUUCUGCAACGAUGCGUGGCCAAGGGCGAACAAGACAGGAUUUAACGCGGAUGCCUACACAGAGGGCCGGUAUGCGGUCGUCAUGGAAGACGGCGCGUCAGUGGGUGCGGGAGCGGUAAUACUUCCCGGCGUGAUUAUUGGCGCUGGGGCGAUGGUGGCAGCGAAUGCUACUGUCACUCGGGAUGUCCCCGAAAAUACGUUAUGGAUUGGUGAUGGCGCCCUGAGAGAGAUUCAGGGGGAUGCGGAUAAGGUGCGGAUUCGCUUUGCCAAGACAGACCGCACGUUAGAGGACUCUAUUGCCUAUAUGGAGUCGCGAGGAUUUGUCAUUGCAUGA